ACCUAUGACAUGCGCACAAACUACAACAGCUGAUUUCAGCAGCAAAUCCAAAUUUUAUAGGGACGGGUUUUCUGAAAUGCGCAGAGAAUUUAUAAUAGUUUUUUUAGGAAUUAUUUGUAUAUCGACUCUGUCAUCAAUAUUAAAUGGAUAUGUGCAAAUUGAGACGGAUAAAGUGCUGCUCGAUACAGUAGUUGGUACGGUGGGAGCUGGUAACUUCUCUUACUGGCAAUUGGGGCACACAGGGCCCCUUUUGGUGGAACUGACCUCUUUAUCCGGAGACGCAGACCUUUAUGUGUCCGAUACUGUAAGGCCAAGUUAUGAGACAGACAAGAACAACUUUAGUUCAGCUACAUGUGGCCCCGACAUGGUCCUUGUGCCUGCUGACUUCCCUCGACCAAUUGGUAUAGGUGUGUUCGGACACUGGGGUCACACACUAUCAGAGUACAGUAUCCAGGUGUUCUUGGACACUUCAGCGGUGUUGAGCGAGGAGCAGGUGCUGGCCAUAGAGAGAGCGCACAUGAGCAAUGCUGAAAGAUCAGAUUUAGACAAAAGAAGGGAAAAGGCUGCACCAAGAAAAACCGAUGAAGAAAAGCCGCGAUUCCUAAAGCUGCUUAACAUCCUUGACAUGAUAUUUGAAGCAUUUGUUCUUUAAAGUCUUGACAAAGACUUGUGUAUUUCUUGAUCUCCCAUUGAAAAAUGUGUUUCUCUAAGAAAGUACAGUCACUUCUAACUAUAAGUAACUUCUAAGAUGAAGUGAAUCUUCAGUCGGCAUGACUCAUAUUGGUAUACCGCUUCACAAGACAUUUCAAAGUCAAAUUAUGAAGACAAAAGUAACUUUAGUUCACCCACAUGUGGUUUCGACAUAUUCAUGGUAACCGCUGACUUUCCUAGACCAAUCUAUGAGUUUGAGAUGAUGUUUGUGAGAAUAUCCCAUUGUAAAGUGUGUGUUUCUGUAAGAAACUUCUAACAUAACUUAGGUAACUUCUAAGAUGAAGUGAAGCUUCAGUCGACAUGACUCAAGGUAUACAAACUGUAAGGCAGGUGUGCUUGAACCUGGGGGCUUUGCUGUGUAGCAUAUUUAUGUCAAACAAAAUUGAGUUUUAUGUGAAUGGUGUUAAUGUCCAUUAUAGCGUAGGGUUGGAGCGUUAGGGAUAAAAUAAUAAAAAUAAAGGAUUCGGUAGAAGCUCAUAAAUGCAUGUUAUUACAUAUUCAGAUACGUAUGUAUGUACACGAAAUCUCUUAUACUAUGUGAAAGACACUGUAAGUAGCUACAGAUUAAAAAACCGUGAUAAAAUCCCAAUUGUCAGAUUGGUAUAAAAAAUAAAAAGUAUUUUUUUUUUCACACUAUUGUUAUUAUAAAAUGUAGGUACCUAUUAUAUAUACAAUAAAAUACAACUUAAUAAUAUUGAUGUAUUGUGUUACGUAGUUGUGUUGUGUUGUCACAUGGAUUUAGUAAGUACUUUGUCGGAGUACCUACCUAGUAAUUCCAUGUGUUGUCAUAUUUCACUCGCCUGCUUCCCUGACGUGCCGAAAUACUAGUCAAUAAAGAUGUUGUUUUCAAA